AUGUCUGUUGUCCGCAUUCGAGGCUUGCCUUAUUCAGCUCGUUCUGACGAUAUCAUUGAUUUUUUUAAGGUUUUCAGAUAUGGUAAAGACGAAAUGUACCAUGCUCUUGAUAGUGGUGUUUAUCGUCAUCCCGAUCUCGCCGAAUACGUUUUGCGUCUUCGCGGUCUUCCAUAUGACACUGAAAUAAGGGAUGCCAUGAAAUUAUUCUUACUUAAAUUUUAUUUAUGCGUUUCUUUCAUUUUUCCUUCAUCUGACGUCACAUCGGCGGGUUGGAUGGGUGAUAUAUGGGUUGGGUGGUGGUUGGGUGUGACUACAGGACUCGAUAUAGCACCAAACAGUGUCGGACUCCUCGUCGACCACAUGGGCCGGUCUACUGGAGAGGCAUAUGUGCGAUUCACUUCCGCGGAGAUGCUAGCUCGGGCAAAGGAGAAGCAUAUGGAGAAGAUAGGGCAC